UGCCAUGUCACCCGGUUGCUUCGAUAAGUCUUUCCAGGAUAUUUAGUCUGGGAAUGUCUGAGGACUCCAAAGUAUUUAAAAGCUCAGUCUGAUCCCCGAUUGCCCAGGAUUCACGCACCAGGAUGCAGCUGCUUUUCGCUCCAAUCGUCGCCCUGGUACUGCUCCUCAUUGUCCAGCCGAGCCAGGCAUUAUGCAAUGGUGCCGCCGCGGUGUCGUGUUGUGUUACCGUCGCGCCUGCCAGCGACCCACUCGUUGCACUCCAAUUGUUUCUCGCAAAUAUCACGGCACCUACUCCCGACACCGUGAUUGGACUAGGGUGUGUCCCUGUGACAGCUGAGUCGGGUCGUUGCUUGACUAAGCUUGUUGGGUGUGAUGAUAACUCGCAUGCUAUUCUCGGUGUUGGCAUCGGCGUAGGAUGUGGCCUGAACCUUCAAGCCGCCUAAAACACGAUCUGACGGUUCGAAAGUCAUUUGUAGGAGAUGAAUGGAGGAAUACAAAUCUUUACGGCCU